AUGUCCAACCUCACAGCGGCCCCGGGGAAGGUCCUGGCCUGCCCCCUGCUCCAGCUCAUGAUAGACCACAACCUCAACAACAACACCAGAGCUAACAUAGUCCUGGUGUGCAUCCAUGGCAUGGUCUCUUGUUUGGGAAUCCUGGAGAACGCGCUCAUCAUUUGGGUGGUGGGCUUCCGUCUACAGCGCCGAACUGUCGCCUCCGUGUGGGUGCUCAACUUGGCCAUUUCUGACUUUUUGGCAACCCUGACCUUGCCCCUUUUUACUUAUUAUCUUUCCUCCAAUCACAGCUGGGAACUAGUCUUGAACCCCAUUCUCUACGCCUUCAGCUGUCCGAAUUUCUGCGUGCGGAUACGACAGAGUUUGACAGCGGUUUUUGAGGGGUUGGUUGAGGAGGGAGGCGGGAUACUGCUUGUGCCGGGGAAAAGUUUGAGAGCUCACAUCCAGAGGAAAAACAGCGAAGUACAAACGCAGAGAUAUCAGCAGUCCCAGAGUCAGUCAACAGAAAACCAGUCUCCAGUCAAGAGUAACUUUAAUCCCAAUGUACUCGCAGAGGAGCAGGUGGAAGAGGAAAGAGCAACUGGAAAACUGGAAAAAUAA